AAUUCAGUCGCUUUUUCGCCGCGAGUCAGUGACGACCCACCAACACACUGUCUCGCAAGACACUCUGUCCGCCGCGGUCUAUUUACACAUAUGCGCACGUCGGUGACGUGACCGUGUGGCUUAUGCGUACCUCCUCUAAUAUAAUUAUAUUAUUGUAAUAAUUCAUAAAUUUGUAUUAUCAUCAUUAUAUGCCAGCCAGGUAAUACGUAACCACACAAACGCACACGUAUCUCUGUGCACUUGUCAGGCAGACGCCGCGAUCGCAGUCCGACGUGCCUUCUAAAUGGACGUGCUCAGACACGAGAGGUACCUGGCAUUGUUGAUACUAAUUAUAUCAUUUAACAUCUCGGUAUCGUUGACCAAACAGCAUCACCUCCGACAUGGUCGACACAAAAGACAACAAUGGAACAAUACAUUUAGCAGCUCCGGAUUCGUACCAGAAUACCAUGUUUAUCUGGACGGGAGUACAUCGGAGAGUGGUGAAUGGAGUCCGUGGUCCGACGAUAGUCAAUGUUCCCGUAGCUGUGGUGGAGGAGUCGCGUUUCAAACCAGGAGAUGUCUGACAUACAGACAAGACGGUUCCGAAGAUUGUACAGGAUCAUCGAAAAGAUAUUAUUCCUGUAAUAUUCAAGAAUGUCCCAGAAAAAGCCUGGAUUUCCGACUGGAACAAUGCGCUGCAUUUAACCGAGUACCAUUUGAAGGAUUGACAUACGAGUGGGUUCCCUACACCAAAGCUCCGAAUAAAUGUGAACUGAAUUGUAUGCCGAAAGGGGAACGAUUUUAUUACAGACAUAGAAAUAAAGUAAUCGAUGGUACAACGUGCGAUGAAGAAAAAUUGGACGUUUGCGUCGAUGGAAAAUGUUUGUCAGUGGGAUGUGAUAAUCUAUUGGGUUCACCGGUAAGAGAAGAUCGUUGUCGAAACUGUGGAGGAGAUGGAUCCAACUGCAACACCGUGCAAGGAAUUUUGGACAUGAAUGAUUUACAGUACGGGUAUACGGAUAUACUUCUAAUUCCAGCAGGUGCUACUAACAUAAGAGUAAGGGAAAUUCAGCCAUCUAAUAAUUAUUUAGCAAUUAGAAACAUUUCUGGACACUACUACUUGAAUGGUAAUUGGAAGAUCGAUUAUCCUAGAAGUCUGAAAAUCUGUAAUUCCGUUUUCCAUUAUGAGAGGAAAAAGCGAGCACUUUACACACCCGAAAUAAUUACAUCUUUAGGACCAAUUUCAGAAGCCAUUUAUAUCGUGUUACUGUAUCAAGAAGCUAACCCCGGAAUCGAAUACGAAUAUAGCAUUCCAACUAGUGCUGCAAAACUAACAUUAUCCAAAGGAUACGGUUGGAUAUAUAAUGAGUUUACUGAAUGCAAUACGACUUGCGGCGGAGGUACAAGAACUCGAAACGUUUGGUGUGCUCAAAAGAAUGACUCUAUGCCUGUACCCGCAGAACUUUGUGACCCAGGUUUGGAACCAUUAAAAUCACAAUCGUGUUCAAUGGAACCAUGUCCACCUAAAUGGGCUCCGGCUAAUUGGACAUUAUGUACACACAAAUGUGGAACAAACGGAACACAAACUAGAGAAGUUGGAUGUGUGCGAAGAAUCAAUGGUGUUGAUGUUCCCGCAGAUAGUAACUAUUGUGAGCAGUAUGAUGGAACUAAGCCAGCCACUGAACAACCAUGCAAUGUGGGGCUAGAAUGCCCAUUAUGGCACACUGAUCCUUGGAAACCUUGUAAUCAACUAUGUGGGGCAGGUAAACAAACCAGAAAAGUUAGUUGCUACAGAAAAGUGGAUAGAAAAAUUAUUGUCUUAAACGAUGACGAAUGCGAUACUAAAAAACCAGACACAGAAAAAAAAUGCCAGCUACGUCCAUGUGAGGGUGUCGAUUGGGUGACUUCUGCGUGGUCAGGAUGUGGUGAUUGUAAUUUGGAUUUCGAAACUAGACAAGUGAUUUGUGCAAAUGCUAAAGGAAAAUUAUAUGAUACUAAAUUUUGUAAGAAUUCAAAAUAUCCAGAAGUCAUAAGAAAUUGCACUCCUUCAGAUGCAUGCGAGUAUCAGUGGUACGCCACUCAAUGGAGUGAGUGUUCAUCAAAAUGCAGCACUGGGAAACAAAUUAGAAAAGUUUUUUGUGGAUCUUUAGUUGGUGAAUCGAUCAAAAAAGUUGAUAAUGUAAAAUGUGAUCCAAGCAAAAAAUAUGAAGAUACUAAAAACUGUACUGGAAAAGAAACGUGCAAAGGAGAAUGGUUUUCAGGCCCUUGGACUGCAUGUUCAAAACCUUGUGGUUCUGGAGAAAAGAGUAGGAAAGUAUUUUGUAUGGUUGGAAACUCCACUGUGGACGCUAGUCAGUGUAAACCUGAAACACUUUUAUACACUAGUGAUGAAUGUAAUAAACAGCCUUGUGGUGAAGACCAAAUUAUGCCUGUUGAGUCUAAGAAACCAAUUACGGAAGAAGAUACGCUCGAAGAAGAAGAAUGUGAAGAUGAAAUGAUAACUGUUACGCCAUUUGCAAUUGAACCGGAUUAUGAAGCUACAACAUUGUCCUACACACAAUCACCCGAUGAUAAUAUGAUUGAUACAGAUUCAAAAAAUACAAUGAAAUCUGAAGAAUCAAAUAUAUUUACUACAGAUUCAAUAGACUCUGAAAAAGGAAGCACUACUCUUUCAGAAAUAAAAGUAACAUCUACAGAAAAAAAACCAAAAUCUAUUACUACUACUUCCCCAACCAAACGUAAAAAGAGACAAGCAAUCUUAGAUGCUAAACUUAAUUUUCCCAAUGCUAAAACUACUAAUAUCCCUAACAUUUCAAAUGAUUUAUCGAGUACCUUUGAGUCCUCGACCAUUAUUUCAACAACGGAAAUGUCAACCACUGAUAUAUCAACCACAGAUAUUUCAACAACCGAUCCAACAACUAUUGACACGCCAACAACAAUUGAUGUUUCCUCGACAGUUGACACUGUUACACCAGUUUCUUCGGCGUCACCGUCAACAUCUCCUGAACCAACAACAAUUACAUCUCAGACUGAAACACUUCAAACUGAAACAAUGACGAGUAAUGGAAAUAUAUCAUCUUCAGUGGAUAUUUCAUCAUCUACAGCUGAUUCUAGUACCGAAAAUAGUGAUAAAACCACUCCUAUGGAGUUAACAACUGUGCCAAUGUCUUCCACUGAUACAGAAAGCACUGCAGUAUCUGAUUUAAUUACUGAAACAAGUACGGAUGCAAUUUCCAGUACUGAUAUUACAUCAACCAUCAACUUAUCAUCAAGCACCGAACUAUCUACAUCUCCUUCAUCGUCAGAAACAAUCGCAUCAUCAACCGAGAUAUCAGUUAGCACUUCUGACUAUACUAGUGAAACAUCUGUAGUUAUGACAACAUUAACUGCAGUGACUAAUUCAACUAAAAAAACGAAUCCAUUGAUUGCGGCUUCAAAGAAGAGCAAACGUAUUUGUAAGAAGAAAAAGAAAUUGGUUGGUUGCCAGACAUCAGAAUUUGGGUGUUGUUUUGAUGACAAAACGCCUGCUAAAGGACCGUUUAGUGCUGGUUGCCCAGAUGUACAUACUUGCAAAGACACAGAACAUAACUGUUGUUCGGAUGGUGUGACUCCUGCAACUGGUCCUAAAAAUGAAGGAUGUCCUCCUUCUGUGUGCAACGCUACUUUGUACGGUUGCUGUACAGAUGGCUAUAGUAUUUCACUAGGAAAUGAUUUUGAAGGAUGUCCUGUUGAAGUAACUACGCCUGUCUUGACAACGACAUUGACACCAGAUCUCGGAUGCAAAAAUACUCAAUUUGGUUGUUGUCCAAAUGGAAUGACUCCUGCUACAGGACCUAGUUUCCAAGGAUGUUAUGAAUGCGUUGAAGGAUCAGGAGAAUGUGAUUCGUGUUUAGAAACAACAUAUGGUUGUUGUGCAGAUAAUGUUACUGCAGCUACAGGACCAAACAUGACUGGUUGCCCAGACUCCCAAGAUAAUUUGACAACUGAUGGUUUCAUUUCUAUAACAUCUACUUCAGAACCACUGACAGACUCAUGUCAAUUAUCAGAAUUUGGAUGCUGUCCUGAUGGAGUAACAUCAGCAUCAGGGUAUAAUCUUGAAGGGUGUAUAGGAGUUGAUUUCGAUAAUUGUACUUAUAAUGAAAACGACACAGAAUGUCUAUCUGCGUGUGCUAAAGAACAAUUUGGAUGCUGUGACGAUAAUACUACUGCUGCACAUGGACCAAAUAAAGAAGGCUGUUGCCUAUAUUCCCAAUAUGGCUGUUGUCCAGACAAUAUAGUACCAGCUAAUGGACCUAGUCUACAAGGUUGUGGAUGUAUUUAUACGCCAUUUGGAUGUUGCCCGGACAAUACUACAACUGCUAGAGGACCAAAUAACUCUGGCUGUAGUUGCCAAUACACCGAACAUAAAUGCUGUCCAGAUAAUUUCACACCAGCUUCAGGGCCUCAGUACCAAGGUUGUGCAUGUCAUACAUACCAGUUUGGUUGCUGUCCCGAUGGUAUUACUAAAGCAAUUGGUCCAAAUUCGCAAGGGUGUGGUUGUGAAUAUACUCAAUACGGAUGUUGUAGUGAUAAAAAUACACCAGCUCCAGAUGAAACUAAAAACUGUAGUUGCGAGGCAUCUAAAUAUGGAUGUUGUUUAGAUGGUAUAACUGAGUCUAAAGGGGAAAAUUUCGAAGGAUGUCAAUCUAAACCUAUUCUACCUGGAGAUAGAUGCAAAGAGCCCAAAGACCGCGGUAGCUGUUCAGAUUUCACAGUUAAAUGGUUCUUUGAUACUGAGUAUGGUGGUUGUUCAAGAUUUUGGUAUGGUGGAUGUAAUGGAAAUAAUAACCGUUUCAAAACGCAAGAAGAAUGUAAAGAUAUAUGUGUUGAACCAUCUGGCCGAGAUGUAUGUUACUUACCAAAAAGCGUGGGACCAUGUGAAGGAUAUUACCCUACUUGGUACUACGAUCAAGACCGAAAACAAUGUGCGCAAUUUGUUUAUGGUGGAUGCCUUGGUAAUAAUAACAAAUUCCAAACACGUGAAGAAUGUGAACAUCUUUGUGUUAUUCCUGAUACUCUGGACCCUUGUGAGCAACCACUUACGCCUGGACCUUGUAAAGGAAACUUCUCACGUUGGUAUUAUGACAAAUCAACACGUUCCUGUUCGCAAUUUAACUAUGGUGGUUGUAAAGGAACUCAAAAUAAUUUCUUGAAUAAAGAGUCAUGCAAUCAUAAAUGUAUAAACCCACUCAAAACCCAAGAAGAACUAGACGAAGAUGUUUGCAAAUUACCAAAGGACUCUGGUCCAUGUGAGGGUAAUAAAGUCUAUUGGUAUUAUAACCAUGAAAAGACGAAAUGUAGGAAAUUCGUGUAUGGAGGUUGUGGUGGAAACAGAAAUAGGUUUCAUUCACAAUCAGAUUGUAUAACGAAUUGUUAUUCAGAGUUAUUAAUUAAAGAAAUUGAUACAUGUAAAUUACCCGCUCUUGUCGGUGAAUGUCAUGAUUACGUAAAUCGUUGGUACUUUAACUCUUUGGAUGGUCGUUGUAGACAAUUUUACUAUGGUGGUUGCGGAGGAAAUGAAAAUAAUUUUGAAACAGAAUAUAACUGUGAAAAUAAAUGUAUCGAUUCUGGUCGUAUUACAACUCUAGCACCUCCUCAAUUUUCAAUAGACAAAUGCUUCUUGCCCCAAGACCGAGGUAAUUGUAGCAAUAUGUCUUCCAAAUAUUUCUAUGAUAGACAAGACGGCGUUUGCAAACCAUUCAUGUACGGUGGUUGUGGAGGUAAUGACAACCGCUUUGAUUCUAAACAAGAAUGUGAACGACAGUGUUUCGAUGCGCAAGAUCUAUGUCAGUUGCCGAAAGUAGAAGGACCGUGUAGAGGAGAUUUCAGACAAUGGUAUUAUGAUAAAAAUAGCGAUAGAUGUUUCCAAUUCCAAUAUGGUGGAUGUCGAGGAAACACUAACCGCUUUAAUGACCGACAAACAUGUGAAACACGUUGUGUACAAAAUGCCGUAACAGUUGCUUCACCAGUAAUACCUGCAACACGACCAAGCGACGUUUGUCUAAUUCCGCUUGAUCCUGGUCCUUGUCUUCAAACUGUUGAUAUGUGGUAUUUCAAAACAUCUUCGAGGCGAUGUGAAUCUUUUCCAUAUAGUGGUUGUGAAGGAAAUGCUAAUAAAUUCGAAUCGGUUGAAGAAUGCGAAAGAAUUUGCCACCCAUAUAUUGAUCCAAAUGCAAAUACAGUUGUAGAGGAAACACCAAUUUCAAAACCAGAUGAACCACAAAUAUCUACAGAUAUUUGUGAAGCAGGGAAAUUACGUUGUAAACAACUUUCUGAAGAAGCAACCAGAUGUCCUUAUGGACUUGAACAAUGGAUUAAUUCUGUUGGUUGUGAAGACUGCAGAUGUUUUAAUCCUUGCUUGCCAGCACCAGAUCAGAAAUCAGUUUGCCCGGCAGAUUAUCAAUGUAUAGUGGACGUAAUUACGUCAGACAACGGAGACUCGAAAUACAAGGCCACGUGUAGACCAGUAUUCAAGCCAGGAGAAUGUCCUCAAAUUGCCGUCUACCAGAGUGACUGCGCUGAACAAUGUAGAACAGAUGCUGAUUGCGUGGGAGACGACAAGUGUUGUUACAAUGGAUGUGGUACUUUCUGCUUACGUCCACAGCAAUCCACCUCAACGACGACGACGCCGUCGACGACCACUGCGGUUACUCAAGAAAAAGAAUCGCCUCCGCAAAUCGUCACCGUUGAUUCAAACGUAGAAGCUGAUGAAGGCAACUUUGCUACUCUUAGGUGCAUAGUCAUCGGUACACCUACGCCGACGAUCGUUUGGCAGAAGAACACCACACUGAUCGACGGAUCGGGUGGUCAUUACAAGCUGUUUGCCGAUGGUACACUACAGAUCAUUGGACUGUACAAAUACGAUUCGGGAGUGUACAUUUGCAUGGCCAGCAACGGUAUUGGUGAACCAAUCAGAAGAGAGGUUUACUUGACGGUCAAAGACCCGUCCCCACGACCCGCAAACGUUAUCGGCGAGGAGAGCACGGCCGUCAUCGUCGCCCUCAAUAGCCCCACUGUGCUGCAGUGCUACGCAGUCGGCUGGCCACGGCCGUUCGUCACUUGGUGGCGGGCCGACCGGAUGUUGCCGAUGACGUCCGAAACGUUCGAACAGCGGAACGACCAUUCGCUGUACAUCCGGAUGGUGACAAUCAACGUACUUGGUCCGUACACGUGCCAAGUGUACAACGGCAUCGGUCGGGCGUCCUCGUGGAGCGUCACCCUCCAGGCGCACGGCACUGCCGUAAACCAACCGUACAAUCCGUACCUGGUGCCACCACCCAGGCACCCAGGCACCGGCGACGUGAUCCGACUCAAGCCGAUCGUCGUCAGGCUCACCAGGCCGCCGCCCAUCUACAGGACGGUCACCUCGCAACGCUCCGACAUCGAGACCACGCAGGCGACGCAGCAAAAGGUCUUCACCGUCCCCGUACGAGUUAAUAUAUCUUUGCCUACCACAACGAUCGCCGUCGGUUCAGACUUGACGAUACCUUGUUCGGUGGACGGUUAUCCGAUACCCACUGUGACCUGGUACAAAGACGGGCAAAUAUUACGAAACAAUGAACGGACUCAAGCGACCGAAAACAAGUUGGUCGUCGUCCGUACGAAUGCGUCGGAUUCGGGUUCUUAUAAAUGUGAAGCGUACAACUCGUACAGCUCCGAUGAGAAAACCGUAAACAUUACAAUAGAAGGCUUGUACAUCCAUCCAAACUGCACGGACAGCCGGUUCUUCGCCAAUUGUUCUCUGAUCGUGAAGGGAUCCUACUGUAAUCAUCCGUACUACAAGAAGUUCUGCUGCGAGUCGUGCACGCGGGCCGGACAGUUGCCGGCCAACGACUAUCAAUCAAACUUCCCGUACAUCAGCACUACAAUCAGACGGUUCAGAAGAGAUCUAGUCAACAAACUCCAGAGUUUGAACUUAUUCUGAGUGGAGAGCAACGGCUGAUCACGUUGAGUUUUAGUCAUAAAUACAACAUUUUAAAUAUUAUUAUACAUUAUAAGACAAAAUCAGAAUAAUACAAAUUUAGAUAAUAAUAUCGCCACACUAUAUAAUAAUAUAUUUUUAUUAUUUGUUCGCGUCACAUAAUAAUUGUAUUAUUGUCAUCAUCUUAUUAUUAUUAUUAUUAUUAUAUAACUAUCAUAAUUAUUAUACUAUUACUAUUAUUAUUAUAAUUAUCACAAACCGGAAUUUUAUUCGUUCCAAACGACAAUAAUGCCUCAAAGGUUUCGUCGUAGGUAAUUUAAUAAUUUUCAAAAAUUAUGCACAGUCAUUCCACGCAAUGUUUUAUUAUAUUAUUAUACUACAUCAUAUUAUAUAUUUUAGUUUUUAUAGACCAUAUUUCAAUUUAAACACAUUCAUUUUUCAAAUUUUUUUUUUUGUUUAACCAGUACCUAAUAAUCAGUUAUAUAUAUAUUUAAUCAGUUCCUAAUAAUAGUUACUCGUUAUUGGGAAGAGUAUUUAAAUAUUACUUUAUGUACUUUAGAUAGUUGGAAUUAUCCAUUUAUUAUAUUAAACCUAUGAUAAAGUAUAUAAUAUGUUCACUUAAAAACGUAUAACAUUUCCUUUUCGAUACUGUAUUAAAUAUUAUUUUUCUGUAUGUUGGUUAUAAUUAUAAAUAAUAUUACCUAUUUUAAGUUUACUGCAUUAUUACAAUUUAAGAUAAUAAUUUCAUUUUAUUUUCCAAUUAUAACGCGUAUAUUAACAUUUAAGUUUUGUGUUCAGGUUUAUAUAAGUUACCUUUAAGAGAUACUAAUUUUAUAUUUUGUGGCCAUUAAACUGUGCUUUAAAAUACAAAAAAUUGAUAGACUUUUCACAUAUCCUUGUAUUUUGUUCAUUAGGUAAUU